AUGUUAGAUUUAUGUGUCGAGAAUCCUAUAGAGGGGGAAAAUGGUAAAGAAGACUUUCCAAAUGAGGACAUUUUGGACGUUAAGUUGGGGACAUGGAAGAUGUACGUUGACAGAACCGUAAACCAAUAUGGGAAUGGGAUAGGAAUACUCUUGAUCACUCUCAAGGGAUCUCACAUACCUUUGGCAAUCAAGUUGAACUUUAAAGCAACUAAUAACAUGGCUGAAUAUGAGGCUUGUAUUGCCGGAAUGGAAGCUCUUCAUGAUUUGAGGGUAAAAGGGGCCAAAGUCUUUGGAGAUUCAACUUUGGUUAGAGCCCAAGCACAAAAGUUGUGGAAGGUGAAGGAGGAACACUUGAAGUCUUAUCAACAAUACUUGGAGAACUUGACCAAGACCUUUGACAAGAUUGAAUACACAAUCAUCCCUAGAGCUCAAAAUCAAUUUGCAGAUGCCUUAGCUACCAUAGCCUUCGUGGUUGAAAUACCCGAGGGAGUGUGGACACGACCCUUGGAGAUUGAGCCAAGUUAUGAGGAAAUGCAUAAAGGGAAGACCGAAACUUUAGUAAUGACCAUAGAGGGAGAGGAAGUUCCAUGGUACUAUGACAUCAUGAAGUUCUUGGAGCUAGGGGCAUAUUUGGAUGGUGCUGACAAGAGAGAACGUUGUUCCAUUAGGAUGAUGGCAAAGGUCCUACGAUGGUAUACACAUUCGUUGCUUGAAGAGAGAAGAAGUCAAGAAGGUAAUGGAAGAAGUUCAUCAAGGGAUUUAUGGUCCUCAUAUGAAUGGGAGAAUGUUAACCAAGAAAACCCUAAGGAUAGGUACUAUUGGAAUACGAUGGAAAUCGAUUGCAUGGACUAUGUGAAGGUUGCCAUGAUUGUUAAACACACGCUAACUUGA